AUGGGUGUAUUAAUUAAUCAAAAUCAAGAGAUUCAGAAGUCGAUGGAGUUUAUUUCCGGUCAAUAUGAGGAGUUAUUGCUUAAAGUGGGUAAUUUAGAGCAUGAGAAUGUUGAAUAUAGAAAGCGAGUAGCGAAUCUGGAAGGAAAGUUGGAGGUGUUGGAAAGAAAAACUAUCAGUUCUACUAUAGAAAUUAGAAAUAUACCUAAGCAAAAUAAUGAAAAUAAACAAAUAUUAACAGAUAUAGUCAAAAAUGUUGGCACGGCACUAUCUUUGGACAUGCCAAUAAUGGACCAGGAAGUAAGAGAUAUUUACCGAUCUAAAUCAGAGGCUAUUGUCAUUGAUUUCACCAGCACUAAUAGGAAAGAAUCACUUCUGACUUCGUUCCGAUAUUACAAUAAAUCCUGUCGAACUAACAAGAAGCCGCAGUUAAAUACUCAAAACAUUAAUCUUCCAGGUAUGCCUAGGGCUGUAUUUGUUUCAGAAUUUUUGACUAACAAAGCCAGGCGACUUUACUAUAUUGCUAGAGAAAACGUGAAAAAUAAGAAACUUUUGGCAGCAUGGACAUCAUUUGGAAAAGUAUAUAUAAAGAAGGAAGAGAACCAGAGACCUAUUCGUGUUGAGAAUGAAGUUGAUAUUAGUCAAAUUAUCUUGUGACUUGAUGUUUCUCUUCAACAAGAAUGG